AUGGUCUCCCCCUCGGCCGGGUCGGCUCCCUGUGUCGCGAUAGGGGCUGUCGCGAGGCGGCGGAGCCAGACACUCACCUACAACCGAGACCGGGGCUCCAUCGCCGCCGCUGCGCUCGGACUGUGCCCCCUUGCCCUCUUCAUCCAGGUGUUUUACGACGGUGCCAACGUGAAGCAGGUGGAUGUGCCCACGCUGACCGGCUCCUUUGGCAUCCUGGCAUCCCACGUCCCCACGCUGCAGGUGCUGCGGCCGGGCGUUGUCACAGUCCACGCCGAGGAUGGCACGGCCACCAAGUACUUUGUGAGCAGCGGCUCUGUCACUGUCCACGCCGACUCCUCGGUGCAGGUGCUGGCAGAGGAGGCAGUGACCAUGGACAUGCUGGAUCUGGCUACUGCAAAAUCCAACCUGGAGAAAGCUGUGUCAGAGAUGGCAGCAGCGUCCGAUGAAGCUGCUAAAGCAGAAGCUCAGAUUAAAGUAGAAGCUAAUGAAGCCCUGGUAAAGGCUCUGGAGUAAAUCCAGGAAUCCCACUGUGGAUGCAGAACUCCCAGCCUGUCCCUGUUCUGCUCCCCAGGAUGUACAGAUGGAACGGGACAAAUGGAGGUGGAGAAAUGGUUCUGAUCAAUUAAAAGGAAAUGUGACCCCC